AUGUUUAAAUAUAAAAUGAAAAAUAAGUACUUUCUAUUGAAGAAUUAUUUAAAAGUUAUGCUUUUUUAAAAAACGAUAAUACCAUUUAUGUUCUAUAUAAUUAAUUCGAUGUUAAUUAAAAUAAUUAAUUUAAUGCAAGAAUUAUAGAAGAGCCUGUUUUACAUGAUCUUAUUAAAUAUGAAAGUUUAAAAUAAAUAUCACGGCAGGCUAUUUAUUUCUUCUUUUAUGAAUAUUAUUAAUCUAUAUGGGGAUCUAAAACUAACCUCAUUGCGAAUUCUUUAAAUGCAAAUCCUAUAACUAAAUACUAUGCUUUUAAUGAUAAAAUUGUCGAGAAAUUAAUAUGGAAUUUAAAAAUAAAGAAAAAAGAGAAGAUUUUAUAUUUUUAUGAAACUAUAUUGCCUACUAUGUAUAAUUUAAAAGGGGAAGACUCGAUUCUAAACUAGUAGUUUUAUUUAGAAAAAGAAGAGGAAGAAAAAGAGGAAGAAAUUUAAAAUAAUUCUUUAAGUUUAUUAAUUAAUGACCAAGAUGAUUUAGAAAAAUAAGUAAAAAAAAGAUAAAAUAGGAAGAAAAAAAAUACGAAUUAAAUUCAAAAAAAUAUGA